CGUGACCCUGAAAGACCAAGGGCCUUACAUAUGCUAUGUAGGCAGUGACCAGAGCUAUGAGAGCGCCAAUGUGUUUCUCAGAGUGAAUGUGCUGGGCUCCCCUCCUGUCAGCGGUGAGAACAGAGAACGGCUCGGUGAACGUGAGCUGCGUGUCCCAUGGAUGGCAGCCCAGACCCAGGCUGAAGUGGUCCGAUGGGACGCGGACUCUGCAGCCUGGGUCGACCCGCUUCGGCGGUGGAGCCCAAGACCUGGAGUCCAUCCACAGCUGGCUCCUCACCUCCUCCGCCAGCUCCCCCUGGGUGUCCUGUUCUUUGAGUCUACCUGAAGGGGACGAGUGGGAGGGAAGAGUGGACCUCCAGAACCUUCCGGAAGUGCAAGAAACGUUCACAGUUUCGACCUCAGAGGGUCUCGUCUCUGUCCGGUUGGGACGCGUUGCCAAUAUUCCAUGCUGGCUCACUCCUUCCCAGAAUGCAGAGGGCCUGGAGGUGCGUUGGUACCGGCCCAAUUUUUUCGACAGCCCAGUUCUGCUCUACCUGGAGAGACAGAUCCAGGAAUCGUCGCAGCUACCCCAGUAUGCGGGCCGCACUUCCCUGGGGCUCCGGGAGGCUAAAUCAGAAGGGCUGAAGGAGGGAGACGUGACCUUGAAGCUGGUUAACGUGACCCUGAAAGACCAAGGGCCUUACAUAUGCUACGUAAGCAGUGACCAGAGCUACGAGAGCGCCACUGUGUCUCUCACAGUGAAUGUGCUGGGCUCCCCUCCUCUCCUGUCAGCGGUGAGAACGGAGAACGGCUCGGUGAACGUGAGCUGCAUGUCCCAUGGAUGGCAGCCCAGACCCAGGCUGAAGUGGUCCGAUGGGACGCGGACUCUGCAGCCUGGGUCGACCCGCUUCGGCGGUGGAGCCCAAGACCUGGAGUCCAUCCACAGCUGGCUCCUCACCAACUCCACCAGCUCCCCCUGGGUGUCCUGUUCUUUGAGUCUACCCGAAGGGGACGAGUGGGAGGGAAGAGUGGACCUCCAGAACCUUCCGGAAGUGCAAGCUAAUUCGUCAGGAUCCCUGCUAACAGCUGUCAUCAUUUUAAUCCUCCUUCUGGUCAUCGCGGCCGUCGUCAUUGGUGUACUGUACAGGAAGAGAGAUUUGCCUGAAGAGGGUACAAAAACUGAAAACACGCAACUGCUUUCAUCCACAGAAAACAUGGAAGGGAGUUUGAAAACUGAAGAUCUAGAGGCUAUGAGGCAAGCUGGAGUGGAUGUCAGUUUGGAUCACCAAACCGCUCCUGCAUGUCUGACAGUUUCUGCAAAUGGAAAAACUGUCAGAGACAGGAACAAUUAUGUAUUUGCUCCUGGUGAGCAAUGUUAUAUACUUGGAAAACCUGGAUUUAUCCCGGGACGCUGUGCUUACUGGGAGGUGGGACUGGGGGAUGACAAGGUUGGCAUUAAAGAAUCCUGGUGGGUCGGAGUGGCAUGUGGGUCCUUCAGUAGACAGGAGGAAGUCAAACCUUGCAAUGGUUUCUGGUUCCUGUCCUUAGACAGAGAGAAUGGCUUACGUCUUAAUAUGACCCCUGACAUCAAACUUCCUGCGCUACCCAGACCUCAGACACUAGGAGUGUAUUUGGAUUAUGACAAAGGAGAACUGUCGUUUAUCAGUGUGGAAGACAUGAGACGUAUUGUCACCGUGGCGACCGUGUUCACAGGAGAGGUGUUUCCUCUGUUUAACCCAGGUAUAGGUGACAGGGCCCCAAUGAGGAUAUUAGAUGUAGUCACUCAAAACGAGUGUUUAAAUGUACCUGACAUGAUUGAGGACCCUAAAUCAACCACUCCAACAAUGAAUACUUUUCCACCUGAUAGCAAACAUCCCAAUAAUGAGACUUCUAAAACUAACCACAGCACUGUUCCUUAGGCCACCAUUUUGUGUCAAGUGAACUUCAUGUUACAGUGUGAAGUAAUCCGUCCUGGUCCAAUUCAUUAAAACACUAAAAUGUCUGUGUGAGUGGUAAAUAUGACAGUAAUAGUGUUGUUGUUUUUCUCUACACAUUAAAUAAAAAGACACAACUGCUCCUCUGUGCACAAAACGUGAAGAGAGAUAGAGCAUCUGUCAAAUAACUAAACGCUAUUUCUUAUUUAGCAGAAUAAACAUUUUCAAAUGCAAUUUACCAUUCUCUUUUAGAUAGCUAAUUGGCCAUCACUGGUCAAUGGAUUUCCUACUGACCUCUGACUAGUUAGGGAUAUAAUUGUAGAGCCAGAAUUCGGACAUGGUUAAAUGCAGGUCCAUUUAAAAUACAAAGAGUUUCUAAUAAUAAUCUGAAAAGCGAAACUAUCAAACAAGUGACAUUCCUGUUCAAAAACUGAAGUAAAUGCAACUGAUAUCGAUGUUGCAUAAUGUUGACCAUCUCAUGUUAUAAUAAUUUAAGUUUAGCGUGAUUGUAACUUUUCAUUUGGUGCUUUUUGUUAUGGAUACAAACAAGUUCAUGUUCAUGUUUGAAGUUGAAGUUCAUGUUUGAAUCAACUAUAUUUUUAUAAUUUUUAGGAUGUAGAAUGUGCUCAUAGGUUUGCAUACCCUGGCAGAAAUUGUGACAUUUUGGCAAUGAUUUUGAACACGGUACACUUUGAGUUUUUGAGUGUACAUUUUGUAUUUCUAUUACUUUUUUACCAUAUUUAGGUAGUUUUUCUGUAGCAUUCUGUGUUGUGUAUAUGUCUCCAUAGAAGAAACACUAGCAUGUGAAUACUGUAUGUGAAUAUGGUAUUUAUAAUGUAACACUAACCAUGUAACACUAACAACUACAACUGUGUAAGCACUACAAUGCCUGAUAAUAUUGUAAAUGUAAAUGACAAAAAAUCUAUGUGGAAAUAAAUUCCAGCAUAUCUGCCUUG